ACGAUGCGGGUUGGGGGCAGGUGUGGUAGUUGUCUGUUUUUGUUGUAAAAUCAGUAUGCUGUUAAAUUAUAGUUUUACACGCAGAAAAGAUCGUGUACGGAUGUACGAAGUGUACAUUGUUGAUGUUUGUCUACGGAGGUGUACAAACGGAACGAGUCAACUGGAUUCGAGGAGUGUUUAGUGCCUUUUUUAAAAACUGUAAUUGGACGACAAGAAGGCGUCAUUCAAAUAAUGAAUGUACCCGUGCGACCAGCACCAGCACCACCUGGCAAAGACAGACGAAAUAUUCAGGGAUCAUUUUUCGACUGGGACGAUGGAAAUGAUCCCUUUUUUGGCAGUCAACCAUCUACUUUUGUGUCAAAUCAGCUGACAACGGCCAAGAAGAAGCCACCACCUCGCCCACCACCACCGAAAUUUGAAAAUAAGAAGCAACAAAAACAGGUGUCAUCACAGGGACGUUUUGUCGGGUUGUUCACAAGAUACCAACGUACGAAUACCUCCAACAGGAGCAAGCCCAACAAUCAAAAGAAUCAUGCAACAUCAUUAUCGGGAAGCUGCCGACCAUAUUCUCCCUCGCCUACCAGCCGCUCAAGCAGUGAUGGUGUUAGUGUUAAUAGUUUCGGAAGUGAUGGCUCAUUUUCUAAUAACACAGCAAUUGGUGGUAAUGCUUCAAUAUUUGAAAGUGGUUUUGAAGAGGACUUUGAUUUCUGGCUUUCAACAUCUACAAAGCCACAAGCAAAUGAACAAAAUGAUCCUUGGAAAGUAACACAGCAAGACCCAUUCUCACCACCUCCGCAGACACCGCAACAGAUGGUACAUAGUGCGAGUUUCCCUGUACAGAAGUUGAACACUACCUCCUGGUUUGAUGAGCUUAGUAAGCCAAUUCCACCAGCUCCUUCUACACUAAAAAGUGCACCCUUGUAUGGGUCAGUGCCGACUAUUAUCCGUCCUAAACCAAAUCGGUCUACACAGCCUCCAAAACUUGUACAAAAUGGAGCACCAGAGAAAAAAUUUCAAAGUCACUCAAUACAGCACGCGUUUUCGGCACUCACAUUGUCUGACACUUCAGUGAAGCUGAACACUCGAGAAACUGAAGAGACCAGUGAUUAUGAGGACCAAGAUGACUGGGAACCACCGAUGCCUUCCAUUCCACCACCCCCGCCGCCACCUGAAGUUGUAGAAGAGCUGGCGAAAAUUGCACCACCAAUUCCACCUAAACCACUAUCACAGAUUGACAAUCAAAACAAACCACAUGGAGUAGCUUUGUUUGACUAUGACUCUCCCCAUCCAGAUGAUUUAUCAUUCAAGGAAAAUGAUGUUAUCAUAUUAAAGAGACGUAUAAAUGCUGACUGGUUGUAUGGACAACUUGGACAAAAGGAAGGCAUGUUUCCAUCAAAUUUCAUCAAUGUAAUUGUUCCACUGGAUAAUGAGGGUGACUUUCUAGUGAAAGCAUUGUACCAAUUCAUAGGGGAGACAACAUCUGACUUGGAGUUUCCGGAAGGUGCUUUCAUUAAAGUCCUAAGCCGGAUAUCAGCGGACUGGUUGUAUGGUGAAUACGAGGGAAGGAGAGGUCAAUUUCCAGCAACAUAUGUUGAUCACAUUCCAUCUGGCCUGCCAGACUAUUCUAACUAAUGAUAUUUUUGCUAUUUUAUGUAAUAUACACCACUGAAUUUCAACUUCCAUUUAGAAUGAUCUCAUGUAAGCACUUUGAUAAUCUUCUAUCAAAAUUUAUAGCUUAAUUUUUUGAUGCAGUAUUUGUGAUGAAUGUCACAGGAUCAAAGCUUUAUAGUAUAUGAAGAUAUUCGAUAGUACUGAAAUCUUAAGACAACGAAGUGAUUUAUGUUAGGACUUUUUAGUAGUGUUGCUAAAAAUAUUUAGCUAAUGAUGAGUCUUUAAUGUUUUUACAAGGCUCAUAGAGUAAUCUGCAGGAGAUCUUGAUGGUAAACAGUAACCAAUGGUGCUAAAGAACAUUAUCAUAUCAUGUAUAGUUUCUUUGUUUUCUUAUGCUUAAUAUAUUCUACUAAAUUUAUACUUAAAUUAUCCUUAAAUUAUCCUUAUUACCCUUAUUACUGUAUUGCUGCCAUACAAGUUUUCAAUAUUACUUACUAUAUGCAUUUGGAAUAUACCUGGAAAGCAAGAACUUUACAGUUUUAUCCAUUGUACAUCUUUCACCAAAACUACAGUUGUCGAACAAUUUGUGAGCUUUACAUCAUGUGUAUGAUAUAUCAGUAUUUCAGUCUAGGUCAUUCAUGCAGUUAAUUUUGUUACUGAAACUAAGAGACUGUCUGGCCAUAACAGGGAUAAAUAUGUUAUUUUUGUACACAAAUCCCUUAAAAUUAUUAUAUUUAAAUAUUUAUCAACUUUUUUUAAACAAUAUAAAACUUGUAACAGUGCAUUAUCAAAUUGUGAUAACUUCAUUUGGUAAAAUUAUCUGUAGAUUAAUUAAAACUCCAGAAAAAGAAAUAUAUUUAUGAAUUGUAAUAUAUUUUUGAAAAUUAUUGAUAUUUUUUAGUGUUAUCAUGGCACUUUUGCUACAUAAAGUUUUUGAUUAAUUGUGUUUUUGCCUGAUGAUUGCUGUGAAUUAAGUGACUGUACAAAAAGUGUAAAAAAAAGUGCUAUAUUGAUCCUUACAUGUGGAUGAAUGUACAUUUCAGAUGUGUGGAACCUAUACAUGUAUAUUUCAGCAAUAUUGGUGAUAUUGUAAGAUGAAUUAAAGGAAAUGUGUUUUGCAAAUUAUUUGGUGAAGGUUAUUAACCAACGAGGCUGUGCAGUUGAUCUGGGGCUGCUAAACUACUCAACUUUUGCUGUCAAACAAGUCACAUCAGUCAUGUAGUAGAAAUCUAUUCCAGUGACAGUUUUUUUUGCUGUUUCUGUUGUGUAUAGUAGCAGUUUUAGCUUUGUUGUAAAGUAUUACUAAUCAUUAAAUUAUUCUAUUGUAUAUAACAUGGUUAGUUGCUCAGUGUCAUAUGUUUGUUGUUAUGAUGAUCAUUAAUGUAAUUCACCUAUCAAACAGUGGAAAGUCCAGUAUGGAAUAACAGUGUUGUGAAAAGGAUAGAUUGCUACUCAGCACAUAGAGGAAGUGUUGAGUUGCAGGCAGGGACGAUGAAAACACUGCUGAAAAUUUAAACUUUUGGACCAAAAAGCCCUUCUUCAGAAAUAAAAUACAUACAUGUUUUAUAAGCACAACUCAUACACACAAGGCCACUGUCUCUGACUGGCAGUCAUGCCACAGUGGCUGGAGACAGUGGCCGUGUGUGUGUGUGUGUGUGUGUGUGUGUGUGUGUGUGUGUGUGUGUGUGUGUGUGUGUGUGUGUGUGCGUGCGCGCGUGCGCGCGCGCGCGCGCGCGCGUUUUCUGUUUCCAAAGGACUUUCUUGUCCAAAAGCUUAAAUGUUUAAAGUCUUUGCAUUGUGCCUGUCUGCAACUCAUUGCCUCCUCUAUGUGGUGAGCAGCAAUCUGUGCCUUUCAUAAUUCAUCUGUCAUUUAGUGAGAAUUUUGAUUUUGUUUAAAAACGUAGUUCCUUAUUUGUGAUUUACAGAAAUUUUAUUCACAAUGCAAUAGUUUUUGAAAAUAUUAUUGGCUCUUGCAACAUCAUCAGCUAUAUCUGAUUCUUUAAUGGUAAUUGACAUAUAAAAUUAAGCAAUGUUCCAUUUAAUGGGUAUUUUAAAUGUUAUUUAGUUUGCUGCUGUGUGUUAUAAUUUUAUGUUUUCAUGAGAGGAGAAAGGAAUCUUAAAUCCUUCUUAAAUUUGAACUUUAUUCAUACCUUUGACUAUUUAGCAACAGGGCAUCAAAUAUUUGUUUUAUUGUUCUGCAGCAUGAGCCAUUACUUGUGGUCCCUUGAAGGGAUAUCACAUUACAUGCUAUGUUCCUUACAGCAAACAUUAAUGUUUAUAUGUACAUUUAUUUAGAUUGAUUGUACAGAUGUAUAUUUAUUCUGUAUUUCAUAUAGAGCAAUAAUAUUACUUGUUGGUGCAUUAUUAUAGAUAAUUGAAGCUGUUUCUUACUGUACCUUUUGUAAAAAGAUCUGGUAGCAGAAAUUGUUUGUUCACUUGUGUAAGUGUGACCAUUACAAAUGUUUUACCAGUGUUUUCAUAAUGAACUUUCCUUCAGUGCAACGUUACCAUUAUCAAAGAUCUGUUUGUGAAGGCCACGUAGUAAAAUGUCUGGCCCUUUAUGCUAAUUGCACUGCUGUGGUAGUGUGUCAAAUACAAAGUAAAUUUUGUGUUGUAGUGGGCUGUGUCAGCUUCAACUUUCACUAUGUGCAGUUUAUACAUACAUGAAAAGUUAAAUAUUUCUGCCAAAUAUAUGGAGCGAAGUGGUACACAUACCAAAUGCUAAA